CUUUUUUCCUUUUCUUACUUCUCUUCCGCAUUCUUCUCUUUUUUCUUUUUUCUCAUUUUUUCUUAAAAAAAAAAAAAGAUAUAAGAAACCAUGUUACGAAAUUCUACUUGGAGACUAGAUGAAACGAAUCUUGCCAACUUUGGUUCAGACUUGGAAAAACAACAUCGAAAGGAAGAAGGUGCUUUAGAAACAGCUUGGAAUUAUGAAGGUUCUCCUAUUGGUCAUGAACCUGGUAUUUGGAUCUGGCGUGUUCAAAACUUUACCUUGUUACCUGUGCCUACCAAACAAAUGGGACAAUUUUAUCAAGGAGAUAGUUAUGUUAUUCUUAAAACUACUACGAAGUCAGGGUCCGAUGCUUUGGUGCACAACAUUCAUUUCUGGCUUGGCAAAGAAACUACUCAAGAUGAAGCUGGUACAGCUGCAUACAAGACAGUGGAAUUAGAUGAUUUUUUGGAUUCUUUGGCAACUCAACAUCGUGAAGUUCAAAAACAUGAAUCUCGUCAAUUCAAAAGUUAUUUCAAAACAUUGACCUAUCUUCAAGGUGGAUUUGCUAGUGGAUUCAAUCAUGUGGAAGAAGAAGAAUUGCAUACACGUCUUUUACGGGUCCAUCGUCCUGAUUCUUUGGAAGGUACACGUACUCAUAAUGCCGUGGUCAUCUCGGAAGUACCUUUGAAAGCUUCUAGCUUGAAUGCGCAUGCAGUAUUUGUGCUGGAUACAGGUGAUGUAGUCUAUUCUUGGCAAGGAACACAAUCUCGUGGUAUUGAAAAGGCUAAGGCAGCUGAAUUCAUUGCUCAACUGAUCAGUGAACGCAAUGGCAAAGGCGAAACAGUCGUGAUAGAACAAAAUUCUGGUGGACAAAAAGCAUUUUGGGAUGCAUUAGGAUCUGCUGAAGAAGAAGAAGAACAAGUUGGACAAGAACAAGAUGAACAAGAUCAUGAUAUCAAGGAUGAAGGACGUGAACAUCGAUUACUUCGACUUCAUUCUGGUAUGUUUGGACGUUUGAAAUUGGAUUUGGUAGCACAAGGCAAGAUCAGCAAGGAUAUGUUCGACAGCAAGGAUGUAUUUUUAUUGGAUGUAUCACAUGAAGUGUUUAUCUGGGUGGGUCGUGAUGCCAGUCGUAAAGAACGUCGCUAUGGUUUACAAUAUGCUCAAGAUUAUCUCAAAGAAUCUGGUCUCUCUCCCUUCACACCGAUUUGUCAAUUGUUGGAAGGUGCUGAAGAUGAAUUAUUCGAAGCUCAAUUAGAAGGUUGGCAAGGAUGGUAAAUUAGUUAGUUGCAUUCAAUAAAUUGAUUGUUUUUUUUUUUUCUGUUAAAAAAAAAAAAGGAAGAGGACUGUUUAAGAGAGAGAGUUAUUUUAUCGUUUGAUACCUGUGAUUUUUU